CAAGUCCGUACCUAGUGUUUCUUCGUCAUCUCUCUCGCCUAUCCGGAUUUGCCUGAACAAAACAUUUUCAACUCACACAAAGAAACAAUGGCAGCUAAUUCUCUUUCAGCUACCUCUCUAACCCGACCCGAAUUCAAACAAUUCAACCCGAAUAAACCCACCCAAGUUGUUCUAAAAACUCAAUGGGUCGGCACCAUAUCCACCAACAAAUUGUCGCUCCACUCCUCAAAUCUCAGACCUUUUUUUACAAAAAGGCCACCAAUUAACGCCACUAUUUCAUUCAGCCUCCCCACUGCAAAGCCGGAGAGAGUUGCUGCCACCGAGAAAAUUCCCAUAUGGUCGUCAAAGGCGAUAAAGGCAUAUGCUAUGGGUGAGUUAGAAGCAAGAAAGAUCAAAUCUCCGACGACCGGCACGGAAGCUAUUCUCAUGGGAAUCUUGAUUGAGGGAACUAAUUUUGCAUCGAAAUUCUUACGUGGGAAUGGAAUAACACUACAAAAGGUGCGCGACGAAAUUUUCAAGAUGCGCGGUAAGCCUGAUAUGUACUUCUUCAGUCCCGAGCAUCCUCCUUUAACUGAAGCCGCUCAGACGACCCUUGAUUGGGCUAUCGACGAAAAGCUUAAAUCUGGGGAAAACGGGGAGAUUACAACGAGUCAUCUACUGCUUGGAUUAUGGAAGCAAGAAGAAUCGCCAGGUCACCAAAUAUUGGUUGCGUUGGGAUUCAACGAUGACAAAGCUAAAGAGCUUCGUUCAUUCAUAUCCGAACCUACAUUUGAAGGGGACUCGUAGUUAGUUUCUCGCAGAAAGAUCGAUUAUUUGUUUGUAGCGAUGAAAUUAUUUUCACAUGAAUCACAAGACUGCUACUAUUCAGGUGCCCGUUUUUCUUGUUUUAAUUUCAUUCUGAUAUUAAAAAAAAUCCGUGGAACGUUAUGAAACAUAUUUGCAAUCGAAAAUUACGAGUGUAUAACAUCAAUAUAAGAGAUCAAUUAAAGACGCAAAAUAUUUCUGGGCUGCGCCAAA